AUGAUGACAAGUCACAAAAACGACGACGACGAUGCGAAUGCUUUUGCUCAACAUCUCCAAUCGAAAUUGUUUUGUCCCAUUCACUUUCUCAUUCUUUCCUUUUUUGAGGCCAUUUACAGUGAUAGAGAGUGCAUCAAAACCAACAAAGACUUUCCAGAGAGUACGAGCAAUCUUGGAGAAAAUAUAUUGUAUGGAAUUGGAUGCACGACUGCCUUCUUUCUUUCUCCAAAAGAUCAAUCCAAGAAUACAUUACAAGUCUUUCUAAAUAUGUUAUUCGAAUUGAGACAUCAUGAUAAUAAUUAUUGUUUAUUUAAUAGAAUGUUAUACAAUGCCAUUAGCUAUGAUAAAUAUGGUAGAUUUGGUAUCGAGAUUAAAACGAGCCUUUCACCGACAAUUGUGACACGUAUGAGAAAGUUGCUAUUCAGCCAUUAG